AUGGGCGAUCUAGCGCCGCCGAAGAAAUGGAGAUGGCAGGCUUACGCAGAUGCGCCUCUAAACCGGCUGAAAGGAAGCCAGGAGUUCAGGCUGCUCGAACUACAAGCGAGCGAGCUCUCCGGACCUAUCAAGUGCGCCCUCCGUACCUACUCGUUCGAUUCCGCUCCGCCGGCAUACACUGCACUAUCCUAUACCUGGGGUUCGGCGGACAAUUGUAACGCCAUCGAACUCAAUGGUGUGCCCUUCACCGUCGGCUACAAUCUGUGGUCAUUCUUAGACGAGAUGCGCUCGCAAGAGCAGUAUCAAUUAUACUGGAUUGAUGCUAUCUGCAUCAACCAACGUAAUGUACUGGAACGCAAUCAUCAAGUCCAAAAUAUGCGGCAGAUCUAUAGUAAUGCCGCUUCGGUGUCCAUUUGGUUGGGCAGACUCGACCAAUCCCCGCAUUGUGGCGUGGGCAUGGAGUUCCUUGCAACAGGAGAAAAGGCCGAAUUCUGCACCUACGACCAGGGCAAGGGUAUCCUUGGGCUGUGCUCCAGGAACUACUGGACCAGAGUCUGGAUCAUCCAAGAGAUCAUGCUAGCCAAGGAGUGUACGAUAUACUAUUGCAAUCUGCGUGCCAAUCUGUCGACUUUGUACAACUUGAUUGGCGAAGUAAGAGACUUCUAUACUCUCGAGCAUCCUGAGGGGAAGCCUCAAGUACGUCUACCUCGUCUGCUUCUCGAAACACCGGCAGCUACCAUAGUCUUGACGAAGUUUAUGGAUCGAUUUCGACUAGGCGUUCGAAAAACCGUACCUCUGAUGCGACUCUUGGAAAUAUACCGACACCAAAUGGCUACAAACAUCCUCGACAAAGUCUACGCGUUGCAUGGGCUGACACCCGACUCCGAAGCUAUGGAAGUUGAAUAUGAAAUUUCCCCUGCACAACUGGCUGUCAAGUUGUUAUGUUACGUCUGUCUCAAGUUCGAUACAAGGGGGAUUGAUUUCGUCGAGAGAAGGAAACAGCUCAUGCGUUUUGGCGAAAUGGUCGCACAGAUCCUGGAUGUCGCGUGGUCUCCCGAUGACAUAAGAAUGGCAAUCACCGUCAUCGACGAUUGA